AUGUGCACCAGAUCUUUCCCUUUCUUCCUUGCAGCAGCACAAUUUCAAAGAAAGCUCUUGAUUUGGCAUUUCUGGGAGACCCUUUUCUAAGGAGAUGCAAAAAUGAAUGGCACUGGAGUUUUGCUUCAAAGCAACCAGUUCAUCCUCCUGCUGCUAUUUCUCCUGCAAAUUCAGAGUCUGGGUCUGGAUGUUGAUAGUCGCCCGACUGCAGAAGUCUGUACCACCCACACCAUUUCAACUGGACCCAAAGGAGAUGAUGGUGAAAAAGGAGAUCCAGGAGAAGAGGGAAAAGAUGGCAAAGUGGGACGCAGGGGGCCGAAAGGAAUUAAAGGAGAAUUGGGUGACAUAGGACCCCAGGGCAUUAUUGGCAAGUCGGGGCCCUUUGGCAAGAAGGGUGACAAAGGAGAGAAGGGUUUGCUUGGGAUACCUGGAAUGAAAGGCAAGGCAGGUACUGUCUGUGAUUGUGGGAGAUACCGGAAAGUUGUUGGACAACUGGAUAUUAGUGUGGCCCGGCUCAAGUCAUCUAUGAAAUUCGUCAAGAAUGUCAUAGCAGGGAUUAGGGAAACUGAAGAGAAGUUCUACUACAUCGUGCAGGAGGAGAAGAGCUACAGGGAAUCCCUGACCCACUGCAGGAUUCGGGGUGGAAUGCUAGCCAUGCCCAAAGAUGAAGCCGUCAACAGCCUCAUCGCUGACUAUGUGGCCAAGAGUGGCUUCUUCCGCGUGUUCAUUGGGGUGAACGACCUCGAGAAGGAGGGCCAGUAUGUGUUCACGGACAACACCCCACUGCAGAACUACAGCAACUGGCAGAAGGGGGAGCCCAGUGACCCCUAUGGGCACGAGGACUGUGUGGAGAUGCUGAGCUCAGGCCGGUGGAAUGACACGGAAUGCCAUCUUACCAUGUACUUCAUCUGCGAGUUUGUCAAGAAGAAAAAGUAACUUCCCUCAUGCCACACAUUUGUUAUUUCCCUGUGACUAGCACUGCAGUUAUCUGUAUCCAUCCUUGUCUUCCUAACUACACUAAAUUCACUCUGACUCAAAUGAGAAAUGCCAAGCGAGGGUUGGCAUCUCCAUAGCAUGCUCUUGGUGCCAAUUCUGACAUUAUUGUUCAUGAUGUAUCACUGACUCGAGAGCUCAGCAGGUGCCAUGGCUCCUGAGAGAGAGAGAGAGAGUUUGAAUCACUAGUUGGGCAGGAGGCGUUUGUCUGUGUCUCCCAUCAAAUGCUCUUUGAUGCUUUUUGGUUUGCCAGCUGUCCCUACAGCCCCAUCCAUUGCAGAUAACUGAAUAGCUGCUUGGUGAUGAUUAGGUUGGUUGGUGUUGAUGAGGCUUCCCAGGCCUUGCUCAAAAUCAGACACAUAAGAGGCCUUCUAUGAGGAAUGUGAAGCUAUUUCCUGUCUUUGAACUCCGUGAUUUGACUGCUCACCUGCAGGGCAAUGGCCACACUUGAAAGCGUCCCUUGUUUUUGGAAGACAUAGAAGUGUUUUAACCCCAGUUUCUCUAUAAGAAACUUGGAGCUCAAUAACCUGUUCCAGACCCCAAGGAAUCAUGACAACUCCUUUGGGCCGUUCAUCUACAACUUUCACCAAAAUAUACCAGGCAGGCUCCUUGGGCCCCUCUCUGUAGGGCCACAGUUUUAUCCCAGGACCUAGAUAUUAAUUCUCUCAUCUAAGAAAAAAGGGAUUCUGGAAGUUGAAAAGAAAAACAGAGAGUGCUUGUUUCCAAACAAUAUAUUUUAUACUCUUCUGCCUAAAUUGCCUCCUGCUAUUAACAUGACUCCAUUUUUCUUUAUCAUAAGUUUAUUUAUGUAGACUUUCUUCCCCUCAAACUUGGAGAAGGAAGAAAGGGUGUUGAGAAGCCUUCAGAAAAUUCUAGAAGCUUCAACUUGCUGCCAUGUUCAAGUCUCUAAGCCCCUCUCCUUGUCUUUAAUAGGUAUAGCACUCCUAUGCAACCCAUCUAUGAACGAGGUUGUAAAAAACCCAUACUGGAGAUACUCUUUCCACUGCUUUGACAGGACAGAACUGUAUCAGGCAUGGAGUUUGGAACAGGAAGAGAAUUCACAUUUACUAAGUUGGUAAAAUUCUUACCUUGAGAGGCAGAUCAAACGUCAAAGCAGUUUUCGCUUGACAUUUAAGGAUAAACAGUUUAACGCAAGUCUAGAUAAUCCCCUUAUAAACCGAUGCUCCAGCUAUGGUUUGUGACAUAUGAUUAGACUGUUUAGAAUUCUGGAAAAAUGGUUAAUGGAAUAAGAGAAGCAGAUCAAGAACAUAUGUUCUCCCUCUGCCAUCUGUCCAUGACAUCGCCCAUGACUAGCUGGUUAUGGGAUAGGAUUUAAUGAGUUCUAUGGGUUGGACAAGGGUCACAAAUUCAGAUCCUAUCGGGGCCAGACAUGUGACAUAAGUGAACAAAGUGGAACAGGAUAGAAGCUGGGUGCGCCGAACACAGCCUCCACUUCCGCAGUUGCCAACCGCAUCUUGGCUGCUCCUGCUCUUGCUGUGGAGGAGCCAAUGUUGCUUCACGUCCUGACAUUUCAAGAGAAGUCAGAAAACUGUAAUUUUACAUCUUCAUAUUUUUAAAUGUUGACAACUAAUCAAUUUUUAACCCAGAUUUUAAUUCAUACAAGACUCUGCUAGCCAAAAUUGUGAUCUUUCCAUUUCUCACCCCUGGGGAAAAGCUCUGAAGUUUCUAAGUAAGGAGAAUGUCAUAAGAUAUGAUGGUAUCAAUGUCAAGAUCGCCAUUAGUUUCUUAUUCAGUUCAGGUGAAUAACAGAAAUUUGUUUGAAAGUUUAAUAUUUACCAGGUUAUUGAACUAGUUACUUCAUCUCUUUUGAGAAUGUGGCAAAGAGUAUUUUAAUGGCAGGGGAGUUUAAUAAAAUUACAAAAUAAGACACCAUUUUAAAGCCAGUCCUCAGGUAGAAUGCCAGCCAAGGCCACGAGGAAUAGAAACAGCUAGAAAAUCAUGGAGGAAAGGAAUGGGGAAAGAUAGGGAGGAAGAAACAGACAGAAAACAUUGCCCCAGAAGGCUCCUGUUUGAAGCCAUGUGCUGAUUUGUUCUAGGUCCCCCAAAGGAUGAGUAUUUAUAGUAGAUCCUACAAGUGCUUGUUAUUCCUCUGAUGAAUAGUAUAAUACUCAUGACUCAUCUUUGCUGCAGAUGCAUCCAGGAGAAGAUGACAGAACUUCAAAAAAUAGGAUUCAUCAUGCAGACUUGCCUGGAAGACAUUUCAAAGGCAUCACACAUUUAAUUAGAAUUACUAUGAAAACUUAUAAUCACGAAGCACUUUGUGCUUUCGUGACAUGUCAUUGAGUAUUACUGCUCAUUUGAUUCUGAUAAAAUCUUAAAGUAUGAAGGGCAAACAUGUUACUGCCGUGAGAACACUCAGACCCAAAAGAAG